AUGGAUUAAUAACAUACUUAAUACUUUUCAACAUAACAAUUCAUUGAACCAAACAAAGAUGCUAACAAAUCUUAAAGAACUAGGUCAAAUACUAAUGAUUUAUUGACAAGUCCAAAUAUUCUUUACAUUCCUCCUAGAACUUAAUAAUAAUCUCAACCUACAAUUAGAUUAGAUUCUUAACCACCAAUUAUUAAACCAUCUUAUAACAAUGUUAAAGAAAUUGUUAAAAUUCUUGAACCAGAUGAAUUAAUCUUCUUUAGAAAUAAAUGUUCUUUUUAGGACAAAUAAAUCUAAGAACUUUAGAAUGAAUUACAUCGAAUCAAAUCAACUAAUUAAGAAAGAGUUACUUACAUUGAAGAUACUCAUAGAAUCUAAUAACUUGAAACCAAUUUAUAAUAAUAUCAAUAAGAAUGCAAUAGAAUGAAUAAUUUAUUAGGAGAUAUUUCGAAUGAAUCAGAAUAAUUAAAAUAAAAAAAUAUCUUGUUAUCUCAAUAAUUAUUUUAGUUUCAAUAAUAAUAAAUCGAAUUCGAUAGACUAAAAAGAAAUUGUUAAGAUACUGAUUAGUAUUGGUAAAAUGAAAUAUAAAGAUUAAAUGUUUUAGUGUCUUAAAGUCAAUCAUAAUUACAUUAACUUUAAAAAACAUUGAUGGAAACUAAAAAAUAUGAACAAAUGUAUCAUUAACAAUAACCUAUUUAAACCUAAUUAGCUUUAGAAUUGGAAAGAAUUACUUAAAUUCUAAAAGUAAAGGCUGAAGAAUAUGAUCAAUAAAAGUAAACAUAUAUUAAGGAAAUUGAAAUCUUAUCUAAAAGAAUUAAAGAUUCUGAGUAUGAACUUAAAGAAUUAAGAAUUCGAGAAAACAAUUAAAAAUAAUCUAUUGAUGAAUUGAGUAAGGAAAAUAAUUAGAUUACUGAAAAGUUUAUGAAUGAAAUUAGAAACAAAAAUGAUGAAAUCUAAAAACUAUAAUCAAUUAUUUAAACUCUAUAACUUACAUUAUAAGAUACAUCUAAAUAUCAAGAAUAUUAAAUGAGAUCAAAAAUGUAAAAUGAAGAAAUUAAUAAUCUCAAUUAGCGUAUCAGAAUGAAAUCAGAAGAGGCAGAUAAAUAUAAACAAUAAAUUUUGAUAUUUCAAAAUUAAAUAUAAGAAUUAUAAAAAUAUUCAGAAUAUGAAAUGAAAUAUCAAAAUUUAGCUUAAGAAUAUGAUAGACUAAAUAAUUCUCUAAUGAUUAAAUUAUAAGAGAAUGAUUAAUUGAGAAAUUGCAUAUCUAAAUUAUAAAUUACUUUAAAUGAUCAUUACAAGAUAGAAGAAUAUGAAAAUAAAAUAGCAUUAUAAAAUUAAGAAAUAGAUCGACUUCAUUAAAGCUUAUAAUCAAAGUGUGAAGAUUUAGAGAAAUAAUCUUAUGAAAUUAAUAGGGUUUCUUCUUUAUUAAGAACAAGAAAUGAAGAGAUUGAUAAUCUGAAAUAUAAAGUUUAGGAGAAUUCACAAUUAAAAGAUUAUUAAUAGAAAUUUUAAUUAUUAAAUGUAGAGAUGGAAAGAUUGUCAGUUUAAUUAAGAAAUAAAAAUGAAGAAAUGGAAAAGUUAAGAUAAUACUUAGCAUAAUUUCAAUUGUAAGAGGCUAAUAAAAUAUAAGAAUUAGAACAAAAGAAUCUUGCUUAUUAAAAUGAAAUAGAAAGAUUAAGUAAUUUGCUUAAAAUGAAACUCUAAGAGAAUGAAUAAAAUAAAUAAUAAAUUAGAUUUUUGUAAGAAGAAAACGAUUAAUAAAAAUAAAAAUUAUUGACUUAACAUGAAAUUCAAUAAUAUAGUGACAAGAUUACAAUUAUGAGUUAAGAAAUAGAUUCUUGGAAAAAUCAAUUCAUAAAUCUUAAUAGAGAAUAUCAUAAAUAAUAAGAAUAGUUAAUGUUAUCAAAUGCUGAAUUGGAUACAUUAAAGAAAUAAAGAUAAAAUUCAUUUAAAGUAAAAUAUAUUAUAAUUGAAAUAGUUGGAAUCCUAUGAAACAAUGAAAGAAAACUCAUCACUUUCUUCCUUUUAAUAUGGUACUCUUACUUUAAGAAAUAUUUGA